AUGACCUCGGAAGCUGAUGAAAUUGACGGUAUUGCGCAAAGAACGCAAGCACUUCACACCACGCUCAAAGAUUUACAAGCAAGCCUGGGAAGCCUCCAUUCAAAUCACACAUCAGCUGUAACCCUAGUUGCCGCUACCGUCGCCUCAUGCGCAGACAAUAUCAGGACUCUCGAAACAACUCUUCAGAAAUGUCAACUCAGUGUGCCCUUUGGUACGAGAGAAAAGAUCUGUUUCCUCGGCAAGAAAGCGAUCUUUCCUUUCCGUCAAGCCACCCUGCAAAGACUAGAGAAUAUCGUCUGCAAGCUACAGGCUAAUGUGGAUAUGGCUAUCAUGGCUCUGCAACUUGAGGUCUCUUGCAAAUUAUCGGAGCAGACAUCAAGUAUUGUUACAACAUCGGCUAUUACAACGGCUGGCAUAGACUUCAUUGCAAAGGAACAUCAAAGUUUGAAUGCGAGUUUCACGCACAUUGAUGCCAUUCUCCCAACAUUGAAAGACGUCAUGGACAGACAUCUUCAAAAUGAUAUCAGAUCUAGAUCAUUGAAUCAGUACAUGGUUCAAGAACUUCCAAAUGUCAGAAUGGCGCUGCAAGACGUUCCGGAAAUCGUCGAACAAGCAACGUCGCCAGCAUUAAAUUCGAAUCAAAGACAGCUAGCGGCGACUGUGGAUAAUACUUCUUCGAAAGCUCUAGUUCCUGAUAGUGACGAGCGAGCAUUCAAAACAUCAAUACGCAAAGUUGCAAAAAAUGAAUGCCCCUUUACCAGUCUUCAAAUUAUGAACGACAUUCGAGGAAGGGCAUACAAGGUAGAUUCUAUUGGAGUUUCUUUGGAUAUGGAUGAUGUCACUAUUCAAAUUGGGAAAAUGCUUGCAAACGGCCAGGCUUCGUUAAACGACGUCAAUAGACGUGGCGAAUCUAUUCUUCAUGUAUAUGGCUUGUUUAAUCGCUGA